AUGCUCGGCAUGCUACCACAAAGUUCCAACGAGAGUGUCACAGACAGCAGCGACGAUCAGGAAAGCAGGUCGAGGCACAGAAAGAGAAGGAACGCCAAGUCUCGGCGCAACCAUAAUCGAGAAGAUAACAAGAAAGGCAAGGAUAAGCCAGCAGCACAAGUGACACUAUCAGGUCUUCUUAAUGCUGUCGAUGGCACGGCUGCCCCCACUGGCCACAUCUUCAUCAUGACAACCAACCACAAGGAGCGACUCGGCGAAGCCAUGAAGCGUCGAGGUCGGGCGGAUCGGGACGUGUUCUUUGGCUACGUGACGCGAGAGCAGACAUGGGAUCUCUUCCUGGAGGUUUAUGAUUCCGAUCCCGAUAUGGAAGAAGAAGCUCGACCAUACGAUAGAAACAUAUUACACCUACUUGCAGAGAGGUUUGCCGACAUGAUAGCUCCGGAAACGCUUCCUCCCGUCUCGACCCAGGAGUAUUUGCUGACGCAUGAUGAGGACCCUCAAGCAGCUAUCGAUGCAGUUGCAGUGUGGUACGAAGAAGAGCUUGCUUAUGUGCAAGAAGGUAAAGACGAUGAACAAAAGGAUGUAACACUAGAUACCUGA